AUACUCUUCAUAGUGGAACUUUAAGACAAUUUGUGUAUAGCAGUCGGAAAUUAUGCAAAGCAGUGAAAUAGCAAUGAAGCGGAAAUAGUAAAAACUAAAGAAACAUGCAUUCAUUUGAAAGUCCUGCACUCUUGGGUCCGGAGCCCUAUGCCAGCUUUCAGAAUGGUUCAUCUUUAGCCUCUUCAAGCUCAUUGCCCAAUCUGGGCUGGAAUUAUCCCAUGGAAUAUCAACAUAUGAUACAUCAACAUUGGCGUUCAUUCCCUGUUCCGCAAAUCUACUAUCAAGCAUUCCUUUUCAUUGGAUUUGUUGCCAUGCUCCUGUGCUCCUUAUUUGGUAACUGUUUGGUAUUAUGGAUAUUUUCGACGUCCAAGAAUUUGAGAACUCCCUCUAAUUUGUUGAUAAUAAAUUUGGCUGUUUUCGAUACGAUAAUGGCUCUCAAUAUGCCGCAUUAUUUGAUAAAUGCUUGCCUGGGCUACUUUUGGGGUGGUGAUUUGGGUUGUGAUGUUUAUGCUGUCAUUGGUGGCAUAUCUGGCCAAGGAGCAGCUGUGACGAAUGCCUUUAUAGCUUAUGAUAGAUACAGAACUAUUUCAAAUCCUAUUGAUGGUCGUUUGAAUUUUCCCCAAAUAAUUAUAAUAGUAAUAUUAACAUGGCUCUGGACAACGCCUUUCUCCGUUUUACCACUAUUUCAUAUCUGGGGACACUAUAUACCAGAGGGUUUCUUGACCAGCUGCUCCUUUGAUUAUCUCUCGCAGGAUGAUGAGACGCGUUAUUUUGUUCAAUCAAUGUUUGUGUGGGCCUAUUGUACGCCCAUGGCUAUUAUAUGUAUUUAUUAUACGAAACUUUUUCUCCAUGUUCGGGAUCAUGAGAAAAUGUUAGCGGAUCAGGCGAAAAAAAUGAAUGUCAAAUCCCUAUCAGCAAAUCAGAAUUCCUCCAGCAUGAGUGUGGAAAUACGCAUUGCCAAGGCAGCCAUGAUCAUUUAUUUGAUGUACAUCUUCUCGUGGACGCCUUAUGCCACGGUCGCACUUAUGGGCACAUUCAACUAUGGUCACAUGAUCACACCAUUUGCCUCAAUGAUACCUUGCUGUUGUGCUAAGUUGGUAUCAUGUAUUGAUCCCUGGGUCUAUGCGGCAAGUCAUCCCAAAUAUAGGGCCGAACUGGAGCGACGUAUACCCUGGUUGGGCGUACGAGAGCGUAAUGUAAGCCCCUCAGUAACAAGUGGUGAUAAUGUAAGCAAUGCUGAAUCGGAAACUGGAACAAUAUCAAUGUCGAAUUGUUAAGGAUAUAUUUUCGAUCGAAAAAAACAGAUUUACAUUAAUGUUAUGUGGAAAGCAAAAUGGUAUAAAAACUAUUUUAAAAUAUAAAAUCUAGUAGUUAAGAAACAAUGAAAGGUAAAAUCCAACUUGCAGACAUUUCCUCUAGAUUUAAUUCCUUCUAUAAUUCAAGAAUGUAUUUCAACAUGGAUUUGAACGGUGACACUGUUAAAGAUUUGAAUGAUUUAAAAAAAAUCUUAUCGAUUGAUCCCAUAAAGACUUAUUAAAAUUUUUGUCAUAAAAACAUUAAAAAAAUGUAUAGAAGUGAUAUAUGCGAUAUAUCGUGCUUUUAAAUUAUCAUAGUGAAUUUUCUUACAAUUGUUUUUUUUGAUUUCUUUAAUUUUAAUUUAAUCUUAAAUAUCAGAUGUUUUGAUUGUUAUGCCAUUUUGCAUUUCAGCU